UUACCGUUGUUGCCGUUGUCGCUGUCUCGCGCGCCGCGGAGGAUGCAAUGACUGUCAACGCGGAAAUCGGCAACCUUGUGUCGCCAUAUUGUUUGCGCGCACGUUGUUGACGAGUCAGUGCCGAUAAUUUCGUGGUGCGACGAGUGUCGUCGAACGGGCCAAAGGAGGAAGUGUUGACGAAAGAUAUUACGUGAGAGAAUAGUGCAGUAAAAAUGACUUUCAGGCACUCGCCGGAAGAACUCGAAGUGAUCGGUGACCCGCGGCGCGCAAUGUCGUAUCAUCGCGGCGGGCAGGCGGGCGCCGUAGCGGUAUCCUACAGCACCAGCCGAUGCCACCGCACUUCCCCCAGCCGCAGAUAUCGAGCGGUACCAGCAGCGGUGACGACCACUUCCGGAAUCGGCAGUUCGACGUCCAAAUUCAACACCUAUCGCACGACCGGGACGACCUCGAUCCUCGACCGACCCAUCAGCUUCUACACGUCGUCCUCGGGUUCGGGUCUGCGCUCAAACUACUUGACAUCGGAAUACAGGCGAUCCUACUGCACGUCAGGAAGGUCAGUCUCGUCGUCGUCGUACGGCGAAACGGGCGGCAGCAGCAAUGGUGCUGCGUUAACAACGAUCGUUAACGGCACUAGCGGCGGCAGUAACAGCAGCAGAUACGCUUCAUCCCCAUCGAGUGCCUCGUCCUCAUCCACGAGGGAGCGUAGCAACAUCGACACGACCGCAGAUAUCAUCAGCAGGUACUCGCCAGCCGGCUACGUGCCGAACAUACAACGUCAACAAACCGCGAGCAGCGGCAGCACGCAUCACUGGAAGUACCGUUCGACGUCAUCGUCCUUGAGCGAGUUGGUUGGCGGUGACGAGCGUGAGGUCGAGCGCAGGGAUCUCCGUCCGGAGUCCUCGCUCUCCUCGUCGUCUUCCUCUUCGUCCACCGCUGUCGUUGGCGGCGCAACCGGACUGUGGUCGUCGAGAUCCAGCAAGAGGAGACCGCCUGCGAGCAGCACGGUGCUCACCACCGUCGGGCAUACACGCGCGGAUAGCGCCGUGUCUCUCAGCGAGGUAACAAGCACCACCGACGAUCACAUUAGCCGUAAGCUAAAAGACGACGAUGACGACGACGACAACGACGACGAUACCAAGGACGUAAAUAAUGACGACGAUCAGCACAACAACAACAACAACAGCAAUAUCGGCAUCAGCGGGCGUGACGGCGAGGGCAUCGUGUGCGGAUACGGCGUUAACAACAACGACAACGACGGGGACGACGACAACGACGACGAGGACGAGGACGAUGAUGUCGACGUCGACAACGACGACAGCAAUGACGACGACGAUAUCAACAACCAUCACCACCGCUUCCGCAAACAGCGCAGCUAUCAACCAAACGAGGUCUCGCCUAAGCAUAACCUCUCUCCCGCCGCCGGCACCGCUGGUGGUGGUGGUUUGAUCGAUGUUAAUAGCCUUGACUUGUUAACUAACCUCGCGACUAAUCCUCGUAACACUGAAUUGCUGCUGAUCAAUAACAACGCUCAGAACAAGGUGACAGGAGGGGCGGAAGAAGAAGAGGAGGAGGAGGAGGAGCUUGAGAACGCGACAAACAACGAGGUAAUACACGGUGCCGACGACAUACCGUCGAUCGACGCAAUCGCGUUUCUACAAGGUGGUCGCAACCGAAAGAUCUCCGAAAAUGGCGAGGAUGACAGGAAUAAUGUGUCUGCUGCUUCGGACGACAGUGAUCUCGACGGUUCACCGCUGAUAGACAGCAUAGCUGGUAGACCAUUCGUUACGCACGGCGACGAUCCGUCGAUCCCUUCGACAUCGAGGAGAGCGGAGCAACCUGGUCUUUUCUCGGCGACGGCAAGCGGCAAUUUAACAUCGUCACCGACGAACGUAUCCACGGUGCAUCAAAGUAUUUACCGUGGUGUCAACGAACAAUACGAAGAAAGUCCAACUAACAGAUCGGCGCGCAACCGACUACAAACUUAUCGCGACGAACGAUGUGGUCUAAACGGCUUACGGAAUAUUGGAAAUACAUGUUUUAUGAACAGCGUGAUUCAAUGCUUGAGCAACACCAGACCUCUAUUGGAAUAUUUACUAAACGAACAAUACCUCGCCGACAUAAACACUACCACAUCGGGCAUGAAAGGCGCUCUGAUCAAAGCGUUCAGCCAAGUGAUCCACGAAUUGUGGGAAGUGGGCGGUGAUCAUGUGGUGAACACGACAGCGCUCAAGUCCCAGAUACAGAGAUUCGCGCCGCGUUUCAUGGGCUACAGUCAACAGGACGCUCAAGAGUUCCUCAGAUACUUGUUGGAAGGUUUGCACGAAGAUGUCAAUAGAGUCACCACUAAGCUACCACCUAUACAUGGAGAUAUACCCGACACUUACACAGAUAUGCAGAAAGCGGUAGAAAGUUGGAAGCGGUAUCUUCGCAGCGAAGACAGUAUGGUGGUCGACGUUUUUGUUGGGCAACUACGUUCAUCUUUACAUUGCACGUCCUGCGAUCAUGUAUCGGUAACACUCGACCCAUUCUGGGAUCUAAGUUUGCCGAUACCGGCCAGAAGCGGCACGGUCAAGCUGAGUCAAUGCUUGGAGCACUUCACUCGAGAGGAAGUGUUGGAUGGCGACGAGAAACCUACGUGUUCUAAAUGUCAGAUGAGAAGAAAGUGUACCAAGAGCUUCAGCAUACAGAAAUUCCCGAAAAUUUUGGUUAUUCAUUUGAAACGUUUCUCUCCAAUGGAACGCUUUCGUGGCAAGCUGAACGUGAUGGUGGACUUUCCAUUGACGGGUUUGGAUCUCAGUGCCUUCGCCGCCCCGAGGGUUCCGGGCUGUACAUACAAUCUGUAUGGAGUUGCUAAUCACUCGGGUACCACGUACUCGGGUCACUACACCGCGUAUUGCAAGCACCCAUACUCGGGAGAAUGGCACGAGUAUAACGACAGCCGAGUGUCAGUCGUGUCGACGCGUUCAGUCGUUUCCAGUGAAGCCUAUGUACUGUUCUACGAACAACAGCCACACAGUUCUCACUUGUAACCUUACGCCAUGCCUAGAGAGUAAACAACCAUCUUGCCUCUCUCGAUACCUCAACUUUCAGCCUAGCAAAAAGUCUUCUGAUAUAUUGAAAAGCGACUAAACACUGAAAGAAACGGGGGGAUGAUUAUCUUUGAUCCCUGUCGAAUAAUCGAAUUCAUUGUGACCUUACUGGCGAUAAUCGUGUCUCUUCCUGCAACAUGUUUCUUGAUGUAAUGCCCUUCGUAAGCAGAUUACACGUUCGUGAUCAGGUAUAAUUGAUGAAUUGAUAAUGAAUUUCACGUACUCGAUAUACAUGCUUUAACGUAGAAAAUUAUUUCCGCAUCAAGUUUGAUUUAUAUAAAAUCUAUUUUUUUCUCUCUUUUACGUAACAUUAUUUUGUGAAGUGAUUUGUUUCAAUUUCAAUUAUAUUUGAAAUAGAACGGCAUGCUUUUAUUUAUUGCUUUAAUUACAUGGAGGAAGCUGUUUCUAUUUGAAAGAAAAUAGAGAGGUACGAUAAAUAAUGUCGUCAAAGAUCACACCACACACAAACCACCACCCACCCCCCCCCCCCCCACCCACACACACACACACACACACACACACACACACAACGCUUCAGAUGUCUAGUUACUUUUGAAUAGAUAAGUAGUGACACAUCUUUCUCACUCUUCAUUGAACACAUGGCGACAUACAACCAUUUACUUUUGUAAAAUAUUUUGUUUAAUAUAAUCACAGUCAAGAGUUAUUUAUUAUAAUUUAUGAAAAGAGAAAAUAAAAUAAUAUAUUCGAUA